AAUGCAUUAGCAGCAGAGGUCGGAAUUGGAUGCAUCCCCAAUGUCUGAAAAUAACUUGCCAGCCGAUACCAACUUCAGUUGCACUUCUGUAACAAUUUUGCAGAUUUUCGGCAUGUCAGUCUUAGUGGUGGCUGGAGUUUUCUUGCUCUGCCUUGGGAUGACAAUCCCAAAGAAUCAUGCUUGGGUUUGGCACAAUACUGUGGUUCACUCCAUCAACAUUUCAUUAAUCUGUCUCGACGCCGGCCUAUUCAUACGUACCCAGGUACAGGAGAAUGGAGACGACAAACACUUGCUCCGUGAUCUGCUCGUUGUAUUGGUUGAAACACUCAUCACCAUAUACCGAUUUGUCGAAUCUAUGGGAAAGACACAUAGCCCGUGGGAUGCAGAGAAGAUUCUUCAUUUGGUGGGAGCCAGCUUGCCAGUGUUGAUCGGAACUUCUCAGAUCGGCUGGAUCGUGUACAAGGCACUCACCAAACCUAAGGUAAUGGUCGGAUGGCUCGGGAAGAUCCAUCAAGUUUAUGCCAGGAAAAGAGAGCUGGCAGCUGGAGCUACCAUUGGGGGCAAUGGAGGCCGUGAUGGUGGGAGCCAAGUUGCAAAUGAAAGCAUCGAGGUGAGGAACGACCAACCCGUAAAUAUUGGAGCUUCCCAGGUCGGCUGGAUCUCGUACACCGCGGGCAUCCAGUUUAAGUUUAUCAAAUGGUUCCGGAAGAACCUUGGGGUUUCCGCCGUGGAAGCCGAGCAGAGCGCCGGAGCUGCCAUGGAGAAAUAUGGAGGCGGGGACUCUGGGCAGCAGGUGCAAGAAGAAGAGCUCAAGGUCGUUGUGGCAUCGCCGGCUUAG